UGUGGUUAGCAUUGUAAGGAAAUAAAAGUUGUACUUAUAAAGAAAUUAAUAAAAACAUGCAAACAUUGCAAUUAGGUGGCAACGUUGCUGUGAAAAAAUAUCCUAUUUUUGCCCGCUUCAGCAAAGAAACAAGAGAACUUGACAAAAAUGGUUAAACAUAGGGCAGCGGCACAAGACGAUGACGCCUCCACCUCCACAAGCGGCGCAGGAUCAGGGGCAGCCUCCUCGUCUUCUUCCUCGUUCUCCUUUAAGCACUUUCUCAGCAGCACGGGCACUGUAACGGCUCCGACCAGCACUGUUACCUCUGCCGCCGUGCAGACGUCCACGGGCGCCCGCCCCAAGGUGCCCCAGUCGGCCUCCGCCUCCCACAUGCAACCGCCGGAUGUGAACGGCAGCAGUGCAUCCUCCAGGAUGAAGCGAUCUCCGCGAUUUAGCUCCUUCGACUCGCAGGCGAGUCUGACCGAGUACGCAGCCUGCGGGGGAGGUGCCACCAGCAGCAGCGGCGGGCCCCAGCACCGCUUGAGGCUGGAUAUGCGGCUGGGCCACGACGCCGUGCAGGAUGCCCUGGACAACGACGACGACGACCACGUGGCUCUAGCCGAGGUGCGCAACACGGGCAGGCAUUACGACAAGCGAAUAGAUGACGAUAUUUUCCCAUCAGCCGCUUCCAACCAACAACCCGCCAGUGGAACGCGCUACGUGCCGCGCUCCUACUCCAACUACGAAAUGCCACCCCAUGUGCCGUGUCCCUCAUCCUCGCCUCGCCGCCGGCCCGCGGGAAACCGCGAUCAACGCCCGACCCGUUUAGUGCUAUCCGCGAGCCCCAAGAUGAAGCUUGACCUGCCCCUGGACGCUUGUAAUGCAUUGGGUGGAGGAGCAAGUGGUGGAGCUGCAGCCGCGUCCGGCCUGCCAGACUUCGUACAGGAUCACCUGCCGGACGCUUGGUGCGCCGGGCAGGACGCCCUCCCCAGCUCGCCUCCCAACUCGCCUUUGGGAGCGGCCGAGGCGACAAGCGGAGCGGUGGGACUGCUGCUCUCCAACGCAGUCGCGCUCCCUGGUCCGCCCGGCGAGCCAGCCGCCGGCUCCACGACCAAAAUGCUGCCGGACUUCCUGUCGGACGGCCCCAUAAUUCAUUCGUCUCAGCGACUGGCCGACGUGGCUAUCGGCCUACCCUCCAAUUCCAUUGAUUCGCCUCCUCAGGAUCCGCCCGGCACUUUGCAAUUGUCGUCACUGCGACAAGAGAACGAGCGUCUGCAGCGGGAGCUGCAGGAGGCUCGCGCAGAACUCAAUGUCCAGACCAGAAGGGCUAGUGACUUUGAGCAGCAGCUGCUGCAUCUAUCCGAGGCAGCGAGACGACGGGAAGCACAGGCCGCGACGACCAACACACAGACCACGCAACAUCUGAGACGCCAGUUGGCCCAAUUAGAGACGGAGCUUAGCACUUUAAGGGGAGCCGGCGGCUCUGAUUGCGCCGCAGGAGGAGUUUCAGCGGCGACUCCUGACAGAGGCAGCAAAAGCGCCGCGAGCAGCGGAAGCAGCGGCACGCGACCGUCCAGAACGCACCAUUUGUCAAGGGAUCUUCUUCGUGCUGCCGACACCGCGGAGCAGAACCUUAGGCAACUACUGACUGGGGUGGACAACUUGCGCCAGAUGGCGGCCAACCUAGAACAGCCGGACCAGCCGCCAACAACGCCCCGAAGCCCCGAUUUGUACACCGACUUUAACUGAACUGCCCGGGCUGGUCUCCUUGCAGGGGACAUUGUGUCCCAGCUCAGAUCGGCUAUGGUUGUUUGCGUAAUCAUUGAAGCCCACGACGACGCGUAAAGCUUGUUUUUAGAUGACCCCGCAAAUGUUUUAUAUUUCCUUAUAAUCUGUUGCAUUGGGUUAAAUAUGAUCGGGAGAGUCCAGGAGGUUUGGUGAUGGGCAACGUGAAAAUCAAAGCGCAAACUCGUGAUGUUGGUUGAUAAAGCAUAAUAUAUAAUUCAUACUUGAUAAAUCAAUAUAGCAUAUUCGAGGACCUACAUACCUAAUAUCAAAGGCUAAUGUAAAUUACACCACAAUGUUAAAUGUCUGCCACCCAGAACUGCGCAUUGAAUCCGGGAUAAAGCGCUCCGCGCAGCAAUUAAUAAGGAGCGAUUAAAGCGAUAUAUUUUUUGUUAAAAACAAACAAAUUACCUGUGCACUUCAGUAGUUUGUGCUUCAGUACAUAGCAAACAAGAAUUGAAAUAAAUUAAUAUGAGACAACCAGCUGUUAACCCA